UGGCCACCCUCCGGUACUGGGUUUUAGAUCAAUGAAGUGCACGCACCGCAGGGAGCUGCGUCCCUCCGUCGUCUCUUGGAGGCGGGUCACUAAUGGCCCCGCCCUCGUCCAGUUAUCUCCGUCUUGAAGGUAUCCCCUGAAUCUCCGAGAUUUGGCCGGAGUUGGGCAGUGGACAUCCAGCUCCUCCGCAGUCCCUAGUGGCGAUGGAGGACGCCCAGGAGAAUCCCGCGGAGUCCAGCUCCUCUGCCCCCGUGUCCGAAGAGCCUGCCAGCUUGGCCAGGGGCUCCCAGGUGUUGCCUCCAGAGGAAUCGACGGUCUGCCCCCGACCUCUGGAGGCGGCCCCCAAGAAACUUUGUGGAUAUUUAAGCAAGUUUGGAGGCAAAAGGCCCAUCCGGGGUUGGAAAUCCCGCUGGUUUUUCUACGACGAGAGAAAAUGUCACUUGUAUUAUUCGCGGACCGCACAGGAUGCAAACCCCUUGGACAGCAUCGACCUCUCCUGUGCGGUAUUUGACUGUAAGGCGGACGCCGAGGAGGGAACUUUCGAAAUCAAGACCCCCAGCCGGACUAUUACCUUGAAGGCCGCCACCAAGCAAGCGAUGCUGUACUGGCUGCAGCAGCUGCAGACGAAGCGCUGGGAGUUCCACAACAGCCCACCUGCACCUCCCGCUGCCCCUGACGCUGUCCUGGCUGGGAAUGGGCCUGCCCUGCGCCUUGAGCUAGAGCAAGAGGAGACGGAGCUGGAGGAGUUCCUGUGUCCCGUGAAAACACCCCCUGGGCUUGUGGGCAUGGCAGCUGCCUUGCAGCCUGUCCCUGCUAUGCCCUUGGCCCUUCAGAAUCUUUCCAUCAAGCACCUGGGAACUGAAAUACAAAACACAAUGUACAACAUCCGGGGCAACAAGCAAACCCAAGGAACAGGCCAGGGACCCCCAGGAGAAGAUUCUUCACCAAGCAAGGAGCCUCAGAGGGAGGAACAGCCCCCUGACCCCAGGGUCCCAGGGAAAGAUCCAGGAGAUUCUCCCAAGCCUACACCCAAGUUCUCUCUGACUGCCAACCUCAAUCAGAAAGCCAAGCGCCACAACAACACCUUCCCACUCUUCACCGAAGGACUCACACGGAACCGAACUGCCCAUGAGAAAGUACUGGCCUUGGAGCAGCAGGUUCUGAUGCUCACCAAGGAGCUAAAGGCUCAGAAGGAGCUGGUGAAGAUCCUUCACAAGGCGCUGGAGGCUGCCCAGCAGGAGAAGAGGGUGUCUGGAGCGUACCUAGCAGCUGAGGACAAGGACCGGCUGGAGCUAGUGCGGCACAAAGUGCGGCAGAUCGCAGAGCUAGGCAAGCGGGUGGAGGCCCUGGAGCAGGAGCGGGAGAGCCUGUUGCAGAUGGCAAGCCUGCGGGAGCAGCAGGUGCAGGAACUGCAGCAGCAUGUGCAGCUGCUCAUGGACAAGAACCAAGCCAAGCAGCAGGUCAUCUGCAAGCUCUCUGAGAAGGUCACCCAGGACUUCAUGCAUCCCCCUCACCAGUCCCCCACGCCCCCAGAGGAGGCCAGCAGGGAUUUCCUGAGCCAGCAGGAGAAGAUGGAGCACCUGAAGGAUGACAUGGAAGCAUACCGGACCCAGAAUCGCUUUCUCAACUCUGAGAUCCACCAAGUCACAAAGAUCUGGAGAAAGGCGGCUGAAAAGGAGAAGGCCCUCCUGAUGAAGUGUGCCUACCUCCAAGCCAAGAACUGCCAGGUGGAAAGCAAGUACCUGGCAGGGCUACGGAGGUUGCAGGAGGCCAUGGGGGUCAAGGCUGGUGAGUGCUCGGAGCUGCUGAGGCAGCUUAUCCAGGAGGCGCUGCAAUGGGAAGCCAGCGAGGCCUCAGCUGAAAGCGUCAUGCUGAGCCCCAUCAGUGAGUAUGACGAGUAUGGCUUCCUGACGGUGCCCAACUACGAGGUGGAAGACCUGAAGCUGUUGGCCAAGAUUCAGGCAUUGGAGGUGCAUUCCCACCACCUGCUGGCCCACGAAGCUGUGGAGCAGCCACUGCGGGAGCGCUGGGCUGCCCUGGGCAAGCUGGCACCCUCAGCAGAGCUCAAGCAGCUGCUGCGGGCAGGCGUGCCCCGUGAGCACCGGCCACGUGUCUGGAGGUGGCUGGUCCACCUCCGCGUCCAGCACCUACAGGCCCCCGGCCGCUACCAGGAGUUGCUAACCCGGGGCCAGGCUUGCAAGCACCCCGCUGCCCGCCAGAUUGAGCUGGAUCUGAACCGGACCUUCCCCAACAACAAGCAUUUCACCUGUCCCACCUCCAGCUUCCCUGACAAGCUCCGCCGGGUGCUGCUGGCCUUCUCCUGGCAGAACCCUACCAUCGGCUACUGUCAGGGCCUAAACAGACUGGCAGCCAUCGCUCUGCUGGUCCUCGAUGAGGAGGAGAGUGCCUUCUGGUGUCUGGUGGCCAUUGUGGAGACCAUCAUGCCGGCUGAUUACUACAGCAAGACGCUCUCAGCAUCUCAGGUGGACCAGCGGGUGCUGCAAGACCUCCUCUCAGAGAAGCUGCCCAGGCUGAUGGCUCACCUGGGGCAGUGCCAUGUAGACCUAUCCUUCAUCACCUUCAACUGGUUCCUCGUAGUCUUUGCAGAUAGCCUUAUCAGCAACAUCCUCCUCCAGGUCUGGGAUGCCUUCCUCUAUGAGGGCACCAAGGUGGUAUUCCGCUAUGCCUUGGCCAUUUUCAAGUACAAUGAGGAGGAGAUCCUGAGGCUGCAGGACAGCCUGGAGAUCUACCAGUACCUGCGCUUCUUUACCAAGACUAUUUGCAACAGCCGGAAGCUGAUGAACAUCGCCUUCAACGACAUGAACCCCUUUCCCAAGAAACAGCUGCAGCAGCUGCGGAUAGUCCAUCGGGAGCGGCUGGAGGCUGAGCUGCAUGAACUGGAGCAGUUCAAAGCCGAGUACUUGGAGACCAGGGCAUCCCAGGGCUCCUUGGUGCCUGAGGGUUGCACCAGCGAGGAUGAAGGGGAGGUGGAGGCAGAAGGCUGACUCCAAAGCCCUUUCUCACCCUUAUCAGGCAGGCCCACAGGAGGACGGCUAUGGAGCCAGGGGUCCAGCCUGGGACUCAAUCUCUCCAUUGGAACAUUGGCUUCUAAAGCCAUGGGUUGGAUUAUCUCCUCAUGAGCACACACCCAGGAUGCACCCCUUCUCAUUUCCUCAGCAGAGCACUUUAGCACAUAGACGGGCAAGAGUGCUGUCUUUAUGUAGGGUAAUCUUGGACAUAUCUCUAAGUUUUAUCUCUGUAAAACAGUAUAAAUAUUGGAAAUAGUU